AAUUACCCCCCACCGACCUGCCCACCCCUUCACGAAAGGGUAAAAGAAAGGGAAAGAAGCCCCCAAUUGAGUAGAGAGAGUCACCAUCUUGCUCUCCAGAUGCGCGCAACUAUACAGUGCAGAGCCAAAACGCAGGAGAAGGCAAUUGGCAAAUGGCAAUCGAUUGGUUAACUCCUCCCCCAGUAAGCCAAUACCCAGUAGGGUUAGGCCCGCCUACUACUACUCCCACUCUCUAACUAGAUUUCAGUCCCUCGUUCUCCGGACCCCUUCCCCAAAAGGCCGAGGUCUGAGACGGCAAGCUCUCACUCGCUCACUCAACGACUGCUCUCUUUACCUUUGUAUACUUCUCACAACCAAACACAGCUUAGAACACAGUAGUUGCCCUACAUCUACAUGAUUCCAUCUCCCAAAUCCCUGCUUUCUUUCUUUCUGAUUUCUUCUUCUCUACCUUCCUAAUUCUCUAAAACCCAACUCCAAACCCCAGUACUACUCAGGAGUCUCACUCACACCUGACCACCUCCAGGGCUUCUGCUCCUCUAUUUCUGACUUACGCUCAUCUCAGAGAAGCAGAGGAGAUAUCAAGAUAAGCAGAACUGCGGCAGAGAGAGAGAGAGAGAGAGGAUAGGGGGUGGGAAAACGAAAAGGAAUCGAAACAUUCAGCAGUCAUGGAGGUUGAGGACCGGAGGAGCAAAGGACACCAAACCAUCGACAAAAACAAUACUAGAUAAAAUCAUCCAUAAAACACAUACACCUCCCUAGUCUCUUCUUUGUGAGAAAGAGAGAGAGAUACAACAGUUUAGUAGUCAAAUGGGAACUUGGAUUCUGAUAGUGAUGUUGUUGCUAAUGUGCAGCAGUCUGCAACCAUCGUCAUCCGAUCCGAACGACGAAGCCUGUUUGACCAACCUGAAAGCAUCCUUGCAAGACCCCGGCAAUUACCUGAGAAACUGGACCAGGACCACCUUCGCCAACCCAUGUAGCGGCUUCACAUCUUACCUGGAGGGGGCAACCUGCAACAACGGACGCAUCUACAAGCUCUCCCUCACCAGUCUCUCACUUGGGGGAUCCAUCUCCCCUUACCUCUCCAACUGCACAAACCUGCAGGCGCUCGACCUCUCCUCCAACUCCAUCUCGGGCCCAAUCCCUCCUGAUCUCGAAUUGCUCCUCAACCUCGCCGUCCUCAAUCUCUCCUCCAACCGCCUCACCGGCUCCAUACCCCCUCAGCUCGCCUACUGCGCCUACCUCAACGUUAUCGAUCUUCACAACAACCUGUUAACGGGCCCCAUCCCUCAGCAGCUGGGCCUCCUUGUCAGACUCUCCGCCUUUGAUGUCUCCAACAAUCGCCUUUCCGGUCCGAUCCCGGCGUCUCUCGGCAACCGUACGGGUAACUUACCCAGGUUCAAUGCCAGCUCAUUCGGGGGGAACAAGGACCUCUACGGCUACCCUUUGCCCCCUUUGAAGACUAAAGAGUUGUCGGUGAUGGCCAUCGUUGCGAUCGGUUUGGGGAGUGGGCUUCUGAGCUUAGUACUCAGCUUCACCGCCGUCUGUAUUUGGUUGCGGGUUACGGAGCAGGGAAUGGCUGCCGAAGAGGGCAAGAUCAGUCAACUCAUGCCCGACUAUUGAAUCGAUAUACAUUACACUGCUCACGGCCAGAUUUCUCGACAUUUCAUCUCAUUUCAGGUAUGAUUCGGAUUCGAUUCCAUCUGUAUCUUCCGUAUGAUUUCACCCCUCAGUACGGUAGUAUCCACACAACAGAAAGAACAAAAAAAAAGUAUUGGAUUCUUGGUUAGAGAACUUUGAAAGGGGGGAACUCUUAAGUUCCAAAGUUGUGAGUUUGAUUGAGUUUAUAAAGUGGGGCAAAUACAGGAUGUGGGUUAUCUGGGUUAGUCCUCUUCUUCCUUUUGUAUUUUGGAUUGGUUUCACUGUUCUUUCUCAGGCUAUUUCUUCUUUCUGGGGAAGGUUUAACCAUUGAAAUAUAGUACCUAUAUUGCCAAAAUUAGCUUGUCAACGUUGUAUACUAAUUUCGGAAAUGGAUUCCCAAUGUGAACAGUUUCACUA